UCCAUUAAGCAAGUUGACCCUUCUGAUGAGACAUUAGUKAAUUACUGCGCAAACACAAAGGAAAUCGUCGACGUGCCUUUCRAAGGACUAAAGCGUCUAYACCUCACAGCAACAGACAUAUACAAUGAUCACCAGAGCUUUCAGGAACCAGAGCAAUCAUAURACUCAGAUUUGCUAAUCAGCCAAGAAGAUCAAAAGAGAAUAAGGCAAAGUUUAAUGGCAGAUGAGACCAGGGAACACGUCUUGGAAUACAGAAGAGAGUCAUUCAACGAGUUUCUUAGAUGCUGUGGUAUUGAUCCAUUAACCAUACCUGAUAGUACGCGUGAGCAUUCAGAAAGGACUAAAAGACUGUACAUUAGCAAAGCACGCGACAUUAUACCUGUGGUUAUCAAGCUCAUCUAUCCCUCUGAUCCUGGAAGGCUUUGGAAGGCUCUCAAAGAUGAUGUUAGUAUGGACAACGAGCUGGGAACAGUUCCUGAGAAGCACCAAMUAUCUUACGAGGAAUCAAAAUACCUCCAGUCGUUGAGUGAAGCAUAUAAAAAUGCAAAAACAUGGGCUAGUAGAAGACAAAUCUUAUCAGUUAUGGCAGACCUUGCUUCUUACAAGACGUUGGCUAAGUUUAUUCCAGGUCUGACACAGUACCGUGUUACAGAGGCAAGAAAGCACAAAUCGAUAUAUGGGCGUGGUAGUCAAGUUCCCCUUAUCACACCAUACAGACAAAGAGUAAACCCGUGCCAAUUAGAAGAUUUUAUUAACUUCAUAACAAGCUCUUAUGUUGUUCAAGACUUGCCAUUUGGGGAGAAAACCCUAAAACUUGAAUCUGGCGAGAGUAUUCGCAUUCCAAAUGUUAUCAGAGUAUCUAUAAGUGAGCGCAUWAUUGACCAAUACCUAAGUUAUGCCAAAGAAAGAGAGAAGACAACGCUGAGCCGAAGCACUUUAAGACGUGUACUAUCUGUGUGCAGUGCAUCAACAAGAAAGAGUCUUCAGGGCCUAGAUUACUUCUCAGCUGAUGCUGGUAAAGCCUUYGACGACCUCUCGAAUAUUGUGAACACCUUAGAAGAAUGUGGACUGGAUGCUAUUAAAGCUGAAGACAUCAAAAACAGACUUUUAUCUGGCAAGCAAUACCUAAAGAGCGACUACAAGGUACACAUAUCUGAGAAUUCAACCAUCCCGGACCAUUGUCUAAGGUAUUCUCUGAGUGAUAGCAGCAAAAAAGUCUUCCAGGCAGCCUGUGAUCAUCCACACAAUGAAACGUAUGACCGCUGUGAAGACCUUUUAAAAAGCCACUAUGGAUGAAAUAAAAUCUGAAGUCGAGCACGCUAACUUUGUAAAUACUGACGAGAAAGACAACGCCACUUACAUAGUUCGUGAAGCCUGCAUUCACAUUGAUGCAUUCAAGAGACAUCAAUUAAGGACAAUAAACCAAGACAAAGCUAAACACGAUGUUAUUGAAUUGCUAGACGAACACAGUGUUCUCGUAAAUGAUGACUUUGCAAUGAAAUUUCUCCCGCAACAUUUUCGCGAGUCACAAGGAAAUUGGUUCGCCAAAAGAGGCAUUUCGUGGCAUCUGUGUCAUGUAACAACAAAGAAGGGAGGAGUACUUA